AUGAUGAGAAAUACAGGCGAAGUGCGCCUUCAAGUCCCCGGAUUCAACGAUGUUCCUCUCUGUUUUGAAUUCCCCAAGGAAGAUCGAUUUGCACACGGAUUUGCAGAUUGGUCGCAAGAUCCACGAUUGACGGCUCGCGAGGUCGCUAUCAUGCGUUUCAUGGAAGCCGUGACUGAUGAAUCAGGAUGGGAGUGCCGCCGCGUCACCGACAAAAUUGCAUUGGAGAACUGGCGUACCAAAGCAUCUUCCCAGUAUGGGCUCAGCGCCCAGGCAUGGGCCUGGUGUCAAGCCGAGCUACAAGACAAGGCGUCGAACUUCCAGCGUACCGGCUACGUAAUGGUCUUUGAUGCAGAUUCCAGGGUCUGCAAAUCCAAUAUCCUGAUUGAUGGCGACCUAAUCAGGAUAUAUUAG